UUCAAAAGGGACAAAGGUUGGCUUCCAGCUUCUUGUCUGCUGUGUCUGUCUUCGCUUUUGGACUAAAUGGAGUUCAGAUUAGAGAAAGGUCUGUGCUGUCCGGUCUGCCAUGACAUCUUUAAAGACCCGGUCCUCCUGUCCUGCUGCCACAGCUUCUGUAAAGACUGUCUGCAGAGCUGGUGGAGGGAGAAGGAGGACAAGGAGUGUCCUGUUUGUAAGAAGAGACAUUCAAGGGAAGAACUGAAUCCUAACUUUGCUUUAAAGAACCUGUGUGAGAGUUUCCUCCUGGAGAGAGGUCAGAGGUCUUCAGAGGAUCUCUGCAGUCUGCACUCUGAGGAACUCAAACUCUUCUGUCUGGACCAUCAGGAGCCAGUGUGUCUCGUCUGCAUCAACUCAGAGAAACACAGCGACCACAGAUUCAGACCGGUGGAUGAAGCUGCUCCAGAGCACAGGAAGAACCUUCAGGAAACUCUGGAGCCCUUAAAGGAGAAGUUAAAGGUUUGUGAAGGAGCUAAAGUGAAGUUUGAUCAAACUGCAGAACACAUUCAGGUCCAGGCCCGACACACAGAGAGGCAGAUUAAGGAGCAGUUUAAGAAGCUUCACCAGUUUCUAGAAGAGGAAGAGGAGGCCAGGCUGUCUGCACUGAGGGAGGAAGAGGAGCAGAAGAGUCAGAGGAUGAAGGAGCAGAUGGAGGCUCUGAGCAGAGAGAUAGCAGCUCUUUCAGACUCAGUCAGAGCCACAGAGGACCAGCUGAGAGCUGGAGACGUCUCAUUCCUGAAAAACUACAAGGCUGCAGUGGAAAGAGUCCAGCAGCUGCAGCGCUCCGUGUUUCCGGCUCCAAAGCUGCAAUUUUUUAUGCCGGUACGAAAGAUGCGCUCCCUGCCGGGGUUUCCACAACGGCGUUCAGCAACUCUGAUAGAUGUGGCCAAACACCUGGGCAACCUGAGCUUCAACAUCUGGAACAAGAUGAAGGACAUGGUCUCCUACAGUCCUAUGAUCCUGGACCCAAACUCUGCUCAACCCAAACUCAUCCUGUCUGAAGGUCUGACCUGUGUGAGACGAGCAGAGUGCAGACUGCAGGUUCCUGAUAAUCCAGAGAGGUUUGAUGAUUUCUGGGCUGUCCUGGGUUCAGAGGGCUUUAACUCAGGGUCUCACUGCUGGGAUGUUGAGGUAGGAGACAGUAAAGUGUGGUCACUGGGUGUGUUUGCAGGGUCUGACCAGAUGAAAGGAUUCAUGCAGUCUAAAUUAUGGACAAUAGAGUACAAUAAGGGCAAAUACAAAGGUGUGUCCCCAUCUGAUUCAGACUAUAUUCCUACUGUGAAGAAUCAGCUGCAGAGGAUCAGAGUGAGUCUGGACUUUGACAAAGGACAGCUGUCGUUCUCUGAUCGUGCCACUAACACACACGUACACACCUUCACACACACCUUCACUGAGACGAUGUUUCCUUUCUUUAACACCACAGAUACAGUGAAGAUUUUACCAGUCAAGGUCUCUGUGACUGUGGAAAAACACUAACCCAUGAUGAUGAAAAUGAUGACGAAGAUAUUCUUCAGUUUCUUUGAGGAACAUAUCAGUAAAUUCUCAAGUUGACAUGAGUUGGUUGGUUGAAUUAUUCAUUAUAUGAUUGAACUUAUUGUGUAUUUUAACAAGAAAUAAACUUAGUCUGGAUUCAUUUGUUUGCUUUAGACUUCACUCAGAAACUGCCACCUGUCUUGGAGCUGCUGAAAAUACAAGCUUUUCCCAUUUGAUGUGUUCCAAUGAUUGAAUUUGAAAAUAUAAGAGUCAAAGCUUUUGUAAAUGUUUCUGUAAUCAAGAUACGCUUUGUGAACUACAACUUGUUCUAAAUGGAGACAUAACUAAACUAAUGUUAACAUCUUAAGAACAGGUGCAACAAUAUUGUGUGAGAAAAUUGUCUCAAAAGAUGGUUAAGAAAUUGAAUUGGUGUCGAC